GGAUGGGCACGUGUCCAUGUGCAUGCAUCACUUGGACUGCAGCACUUCGGGUUUCAAAUUCUCUUUGUCGCUGCCCGGGCCGUCCCGUCGCCGUCUCCAUGUGUUUAUAUUAUAAACACAGACGGAUGGAAAACCCAUGUCUGAAAUAAUCAAGUCCUUGUGUUUAUAUGAAUGAGAAAGAUAGUGUUUUGCAUCUCUGCAGCUUCUGGUUUAGUGAGCUUCUUGUUCUGCAAUGGCCGUUUGAAUUUUUAGCCGUAAAUGUGAUAUAUCCGAGAACAGCGUUAGCUUGAUCAAGAGGAAAGCUCAUCGCAUGUUUUUAUUUGAACAGUUUCAGGAACGAAGCCCGCGCACAACUUUCUGUUCUGAGAGCUCAUCUUUAAUUCAUCGCCCGAAUGGAUGAGCAAGACCUAGUUUCAUCGAAGCUCAAAAGCCCUAGACUUGAAGAAGAUCGUGACAGGUUAAGCAAUUUGCCACUGCCAAUCAUUCAUCACGUGUUCUCAUUCCUCGAAACCAUAGAUGUGAUCAGAGUUAGUGCAGUGUGUAGAAAAUGGAGGUACUUGUGGGUUUCAGUGCCUUAUUUUUAUUUCAAUAUCCACACCAUUUGGGCAAAAGCAGUGUUCAGAUGGUCUCCGCAAACUGUUAAUGAGAAUUUCAAGGAUUUUGUGAACUGGGUUUUGCUGUCCCAACGUGGGUAUUGUCAUAUUCAACGCUUUCGCCUCUCGUGGUUUUGCUUCCAAGAUGAUUACACGGUUCACAGGUGGAUGAAUAUAGUUGCAAGGCGAAAUGUCAAGGAGCUUCACCUAUCAUUAAUUUCACGAACACCAUUUUUGUUCCCAGUUGCCUUUUAACCUGCAAAUCUAUGGCGGUAUUCAAGCUGCACUUCUUGGAAAAAUGCGGCCUCAUUCUUCCAAGUGCUGUGAGUUUCAGCCACCUUACAACCCUUGAAUUCAUGAAUGUUGAAUUAUUGAGUGAAAGCGAAGGAAAAAUCUUUUCCAGGUUUCCUCUUCUUCAGAAUUUAACGUUGCAGUGGUGCGUUUUUUAUGGUUUCAACAUUAUUGAUAUUUCUACGAGUAAUCUGAAGAGGCUGAAAAUUAUACACGACGGUGAUAAUGGUUUAUGCAACAGCGUACUAAAAGUAGCUUGCCCAAGUCUCGUAUCUCUAUAUUACUAUGGUCCACUGCCCCAGAACUUCUUAUUGCAGGACCUUCUUACUCUUGACGACGCAUAUGUGGGCUUAGAAGUUUUAAAUAAUGUUUCGGAUGAAGAACAUGGUAGUAAAGUGUGUGAGAUCCUCAGAGGACUUCAGAAUGCAAAAUCUUUGAAGCUUGACGUUGUUUGUUUGUCGAAUCUUUACCAUACAGUUGCUAAUAUGGGGCACUGCACGUGCUUUUCUUCCUUUGACAAUUUGAAGUCCUUAAAAUUUUCCAUUGGUUUGGAUGAAUGCUUCUUCAAAGCCAUGCUCGGAUUGCUCAAGUGCUGUCCCCAUCUAGAUGCUCUUGCAAUAGAAUUUCAAGCUAAUGGGCGCGAAUUGAAUGAUAUUAAGAUGCCAGAUGAGGCAAUUCCAUGUUUGACGUAUCAUCUUAAGAUGGUCGAGCUCCGUAAUUGUGAUUGCUACGAGAAUGAGAUUGAGGUGAUCAGGUUUUUGCUGAAGAAUGGACGUGUAUUGGAGAAACUGAGUGUUCUUUGGCUUAUAGGACUUGAUGAUGCAAGGGAGACUAUUGAAAGGGUAAUGGAGUUCCCUAGAUCUUCCUCAAAUGUUACAUUGACAUUCCUCGAACCAAAGUCAGUUGAAGAUUCUCGGAUCAUGGAAAAGGCUAUUGAUUUGUAAAAUAUAGUCAGCGAGGCAAAUGCUUAGAACAUGUUUGCAUCCUAAGUGAUGACUAUGGGCCUUAUGAGUUAUGAGAGUUUGAAGACUGGCAAAAUUGCGAGAACUAAUUAAUUCAUAUCACCUUUAAUUAUAUAGAAUCCUUUUCUUCCCACGGUUCAAAGCAUUGUGCAGGCCUCAUGUCAAAGUGUUUGCAAGAUGCAGCUGUGUACAUCCUUGUAUGAAUUAAGCCAUGAAAUCCCGUAGAUACCUACUUUGUA